AUGUGGACCGGCCUAGGGAGAUUAGGCCUGGUGAUAAUACUGAUUUGGGUGACGCUUACGGAAGCUGAUCAUGAUUCCUCGAAACAUAAACACAGACGACAAGGCACAGAUCGUUUCACUUGUAUCCAAGAAGGCUACCAUAAUCAUCCAGAAGAAUGUGGCGUUUACUACCGAUGCGUUGAUUGGGGCAAUGGAAAACCUUUGACAACUUUUAUAUUUGAGUGUGGAACGGGGACGGUAUUUUCGAAACGCCAGGGUAAUAUUUGUACAUUGCCACAUGAGAGUGGAAGACCAGAGUGCGCAUACCACAGUACCGACCGAAAUAAUCCACCAAAAAAUACGACAAACAUUACAAGUACAACGGAAUUACUGCAAGUAAGAGACGGGAUGACUACCAGCAAUCCAUCGAUUACGAGUAGCAAGCCAUCAGUAACAACUGUAGUGUCCGGAAGUACAGCUAAGGGAGAAAUUCAGUGUAUAAAAGACGGAUUCCUUUCCGAUCCAAACGAUUGCCAAAAAUUCUAUAGAUGCGUCGAAGAAGGGGACGGAAUAAUAAUAAAGUAUGAAUAUUCAUGCAGACCUGGAACUGUGUGGGAUCCAGAAAUAGCAGGAUGUAAUCAUCCAUGGGCGGUGACGAGAAAAGAUUGCAGGGAAGGAUCAUCGACAACCGGAAUUUGGAUAAACCAUACAGACAGCUCCUCAAAAACCGAAGGUUCUACUGAUAAACCAAGACAUUCAGUUACAUCCGGAAAACCACGUACCACUGACACAACUGGCACAUCUGGCAGAUCAGAAACACCAGGCACACCCGGAUAUCCUAGCACACCCGGCACUCCUGGCACUCCUGGCACACCAGGAACACCUGAUACAACUGGUAAGACGAGCACCGCAAAAACACGUAGUAAUUGGUCCCACCACACUCGCAGACCAACUAGAACUCCUCCAACAAGGAAACCACCCCAAACAACACGAAACACUAACACUCCAAGAACUCCAACUACACAAGUAACAACCGAAACUACAGAAACACCUUGCACAGAUGAGACACCGAAGCGUACUCCAACCCCAACAUCCGCACGUACGCCUCGUACUCCGUGGAAACCUCCAACACAUCCGCCAACUCAUAGCACACGAAAGUCUACCUCUCCCACCUCAACCACGGAAACUCCAGAAACGCCUUGCACGGACGAGACAUCUAAGCCUACUUCAACACCAACUCCUC